GUGGGAAACUUGGCCCUGAUCCGGGGGCAGGGAAGCAGCGGACAAACAGCACUGUAACUGUAAAACGUUUCAGACCCGGUUUGUCACCACAAACUAGGAAUGGCACCACGGUAAUGUGCACCGUCGGCUGUGGAAGCCAUCGAUGCCGCUGUCGUCCCGCCGUGCCUUUGUGAGUCCUGACGGGCCGAGACCCAUCACCAUGGCCUCAGCGUUACCCCGCUGCACAUCUGUCAGACUCCCUGCUCUGGCCACUGUCGUCUUGCUCUUGGUGUCGGUGACCACUGUACAGUGCUCCCAAGGCGACAAGGAGCCGGUUUACCGCGACUGUGUAAAGCAGUGUGUCCGGACCAACUGCACCGGAGCUCGGCUACGGGGCUUCCAGUCUGCCCAGCCGCAGUACAUGGCGUUGACAGGUUGGACAUGUCGUGACGACUGCCGCUAUCAGUGCAUGUGGACCACCGUGGGCCUGUACCAGGCUGAGGGGUACAGAGUCCCACAGUUCCACGGCAAGUGGCCAUUUGCACGCUUCCUGUGUUUUGAGGAACCAGCAUCUGCCCUGGCCUCUCUGCUUAAUGGCCUGGCUUGCCUUCUCAUGCUGCUGCGCUAUCGGAGCUCGGUGCCACGCCAGAGUCCAAUGUACCACACCAUCAACGCCUUCUCCGUGGUAUCUCUUAAUGCCUGGUUCUGGUCCACAGUGUUUCACACCCGGGACACCUAUCUCACUGAGAAAAUGGACUAUUUCUGCGCAACAGCAGUCAUUCUUUACUCAAUCUACCUAUGCUGUGUCAGAACACUGGGUUUGAGGCGACCUGGGGUGUCCAGCAUGGUGGGAGUCUUGCUCAUCCUGGCCUUUACAUCGCAUGUGUCCUACUUGACCUUUGUCAGCUUCGACUACGGCUACAACAUGGCUGCUAAUGCCACCAUCGGAAUGGUGAACCUCCUGUGGUGGCUGUGUUGGUGCUGGACGAACCGGCGGACCCUGCCGUACUGGUGGAAGUGUGGCCUGGUGGUGAUGCUGCUUCACGGUCUGGCCCUGCUGGAGCUGCUGGACUUCCCCCCGCUGCUCUGGGUCUUAGAUGCUCAUGCUGUGUGGCACCUCAGCACGAUCCCAGUGCACUUCCUUUUCUACAGUUUCCUGAUAGACGACAGCAUCUACUUACUAAACACAGAGAAGAUGGGUGUCAAAGUCGAGUAGGAGGAGUUCAUCGCCUCUUCACCACGCCUACACCCUCGCACCCCUCCAAUCAGGGCAGCUGGACACCUGCACGUGGAAGUAGCUCAGGCUCCCAGAUGACAUGCAUGACACCACUAUGACUUCCAUCAAAGCAGCCUUUGUUUACAUUUUUAAUGUGCAAAAUUUCUUGUAUUUAUUUCUUUUUUUUUUUUUUUUAAUGAGAAUUAAGUAGAAAAAGCAUCACCAGUGAUGCUUGUUGUACUUAACUUUGCCUCAUGCUGACAUGUAUGCUAGCGUUCUUUUGCCAUCUAUCAUAACUGCAAAACAGCGGCGUGCUCUACCACAGCAGAACCAGAUUUUGACGCCCCCGACAGUAAUGACACGGCUGCAUAUCCUGUUUCCUUCGACUCUUAGGUAUUUCAAGCUCAUUCUCUCAAGCCCCCUUGGAAGUCCAACAAGCUUAGCUCUGCACAAAUGGCAGUUAGCGGUGGCUGACAAUAGAUGGCACCAUAUCACUUGCCAGGCCACCAGUAACCUUCUCUGUGUGGUACAGCAUGUGUCAGGGUCUAUCUGUGCCAAAAGGGGUCUAGUGGACAACGAGAGGUGCCCCUUGUGAAUAGGGGGGCUGCCAGCAGAUUGAUCUAGAGAGAGGGGGAAGGGGUUUUAUGUUUGGAGGCCAUUCUAGCUGACUGUGUUUUUUUUUUUCUCUUUUCUCACCAUCACACCUUUAUUUUUGUGCCUCAGUUGUUUUCAUUGCUGCUUUUUUUCCUAAAAUUCUUCAUCAUCAUUUUAGUUUUCUAUUUUCAUUUUCAUCAGCUGCCUUAGUUGUUUUAAUUCCAUUGUUGUUCACCAAUUUGUGCUUUAUUCUGUUGACAGUUUUACUUUGAUUACUUGAUUUUUAAUUUGGGUGGGGGGUAUUCCUGACGAUCACAAAGUUGAAAUGAUAUUUUUAUUCACCUGGAUUGCCUUUUAGUAUAAGUGGAAGGAGAACAUGAUUGAGGUAGGUAUUAUAAGCAAUGCAACAGAAAGCAGGGUUUUUUUUUUAUUACAUCAAGAGUUUCUAAUAAAUUCUGGAGUUAGGAGGUUUGUGUGUGUGUGUGUGUGUGUGUGUGUGAGAAAGAAUGAGUGUUUAGGUGUUCGUUUGACACCCAUUAUUUUGAAUUGGUUGCAUUUCUUGCUGCAGUAUUCCCCAAAAUGAAACACACACACAACUAGCUGCUUUACGUAUAACUGUCCCGUCAUGUAAUAUACUCCCAUUUCCCUCCAUGUCUGCCUCACAUACGGUAUAUGACCUACUAUUCAAUGAGCAUAUUUCUUCUUUGUUGCAUCAAGUCUGUUUUUUUUUUUCCUCAGCAAAACUCUUGAAUUCAUACCAUGUAUGUCUUCACCCCACAGAGUUUCCCCUCCAUAUGUAGACUUUACGGGCGUGUGUGUGUGUGUGUGUACAUUUACGUGUGUUUCUGUUCGAAAUUCUGCCCAUGCCUUUGUAUUUCUAUGCGAGAAUGCGAACAAUGACCAGUAUGUGUGUACACGUUGCCUUGACUCGACAUUGUGUUGUUUUUGUCAUCAUAAACCGAAUCACUGUGUGUGUGUGUGUGUGUGUGUGUGUGUGUGUG